GCGCAAUGUGUCCUGUGUGAUAGGAUUGUUGGGAAUGGGAGAUUAUAUAUAAAGUCAAGUGUCCUGGAGUUCAAUACACAUUUGUACCGUCGUCCCAGGAUGGAACAGUUUACACGCCUAAUAUUAGUAGUGCUCCCUGUGCUACUAAAGGGAACCCUCGCCAUGACAAGAGACAUACCUCAGUCAAGAUGUGACAACAAACGAAUAAUGCAUUCAUUUACAACAAUAGACUACGUUUGGCCAAACGACACUGCACGUAGCAAGGCACUGGAAAACGAGGACUACAUUCCGCAUAAUAAUAUUAUUAGUGGAAUAAAAACGUACAAAAACAAUGUGUACGUCACUGUUCCAAGAUGGCGGCGGGGUAUCCCUUCAACCUUGAAUAGGGUUGUCGUGAGGAACGGGACCUCUGUAUUACAACCAUUUCCGAGCUGGGAGAUGCAGAAGAUUGGAGACUGUCAAGCCCUUCAAUAUGUACACAGUAUGGAGAUAGACCCGAACACUGGCUGGAUGUGGAUCAUUGAUACAGGUAGGAUCAACUUCUUCGCCGCUGAUGGAACACCCACACAAAACCUUUGUCCAGCUAAAAUUGUGAUAUACGACAUAAACAAAAUGACGGAGAUAACUCGUCACGUAUUCCCCAACCGUGUAGCAAAUCGUAAUAUCACAUUCCUCAAUGACAUAGUCGUUAUGUACAGGGGAUCUAGUCCAAGAUACGCUUUUAUUUCGGAUGCUCUCGCAUUCCGGUUGGUUGUGUAUGACAGGAUUCGUAACAGGUCACAUUUCUUCUCCCACCCCUCCAUGCUACCCGAGCCAGGCAAUGGAAACAUCACCAUAUUGGGAGAAACACUGCCUGUUUCGGCAGGUAUAAAUGGACUGGCAUUGUCAGCGAGCAUGAGGUAUGUUUAUUUUGGACCAGUAUCUGGAUACAGUCUCUAUCAGGUUCCUACAUAUGUUGCACGUAAUCCACGUGGAAACUUUGGAAGAUUUGUCCGAAAGGUCGGCAACAAACCUUCUCAAGCAGCGGGAAUGGUAUACAGCAGGAGCAACCAUUUAUAUUUCCCCGCUCUUGGUUCAAAUUCCAUAUACAGAUGGGACAUCGAUCGAGAUAGAAAAAAUCAAAGGAAGUCGAUCCGAAGGGUGAUGAUGAAAUCUGUUUCUAAGAUAUUAUCUAGCGAUACCUGUAUGAGCUUCGUCGACAUUUUGACAUUCGAUACAGAGGGAUAUCUCUGGUUUACUGUUAACAAGCUCCAUAAGUACCUCCUGCAAUCUAUGGACUUUACCGGAAGUAGUGGACCUAAUGUCUUGAUCUGGAAAGUCUACGUAGGAGAGGUCGGCUACCUAGAUCGGCGAAGGAACAUUAAGCUACCUGACAUUAAUAUUCACGCAUUCCCCGACGCUCUUAGCCGAUUUUACAAAUACAUUUUUAGAUAUAUCUUUACAGGAAAAUUCCACGACAAUUGAUUUCAUUAACCAUUAUUCUAUCUGCCUUUUUUCAUGAUAUUUUUUGGUAAAUAUCUUUAGAGGAAAAUUCCAUGAAAACUGAUUUUAUUAACUAUUAUUCUUUAAUCUAUCUACCCUUUUUUAUAGUUACCAAUUGUACAAGGUCAUAAAAUAUAUCAUGCAACAAUAGUUUGAAUAUACAUUUUCUUUGUAUUUCAAUAUCAUGUAUAUGUGAUUUUUGUUUUGUUUAUCUCAUUUGUAAUUUGUCGUCAAGUUGUUUAUUCAAGCUUCCUGAAAUCCACUUUAGUUAGUCCAAAUGUCCUUUUUAUUUUCAUUUCAAGCGUAUUCAAUAAACAUACAAUAAACAAGACGAUAACGGAAAUAGGAACUAGUGUCACAGACACUUAUGUCAACCUAUCACAAUGACGUCAUUUCUACUGAAUUAACGUGCCAUUUAAUGUACAACCAUGUCACUAACAUCACAGGGUCUACCCUGAUUCGGUCAUUAAUGUACACGUGAAUUAUAUGUGCUUUGAGAAUGUUACGCUAUAUAACUUGAUGUACAUGUAUGUGUUCAUUUUUUCAUGAAUUGUAUCCCACUCUUUCUCUGUCAAUAAGAAAUCCAAGUCAUUUAAUCACUCAUAGAUCUGUUGUCUUCAAUUUAUUUUAAAAUAAAACUUUCUUCAUCA